UGAUGAUCCACCACAACCACAACCAUAUCCCCUCCCCAACAUCUUCUCAAGACUUUGUGAACUAUCUAGCUACCUUCAAGAAAAAUCAAUUAUUCAUAAAAUAUCACACAUACUAAACAUCCACUUUGAAUAAUGUCUGGCACUAAUCUCAUGGAUAUCGAGCCUGGUGGUGAGAAUACGCAGUAUGAAUCUAUCCGGUUGUUUACGGAGACACCGGCGAAGCAGACGGGGCAGUUGGGUGGACACUCCCAACAUACCGUCAGCGAGAUGAGAACAACACUCGACGACGACCGAAACGGAAACGAUGAUCAGUACAGGGAUACUCCGCUAGCACGACAGCUGGAAAAGGGCGAGGGUACGACGGGUCUUACGGGAAUCACAGAUAUAGACCUGAAGCCCGAAACCCCAGAAGAGGGUGCUGCGCUGGCGGCGAAAAUCAGGAGAGAACAAGGGUAUGGACCUGGUUCGGGCGUCGGGGCUUAGAUGUCAUGACGUUGUGAGUGAACCGGGGUGGAUUGACGUGAGUGAGAGGUUUGGUUGAGAGGAAGCGCUUUGAAUUAUUGGGGAGCAGAAGGACUGGAGGAGGACGAGGUCGAGGUCGGGGGGUUCGGUAGGUCCUGAGUACCGAGGGCCGGGCUUCUGCGUGCGCGUUUGAGGCUCUCCAGAGUCACUCCAUUGCCAAGUUUCGUC